CACCAAAACACAAAGCUCUCAUCUUCUUUAGUUUCCAAACUCACCCCACAAGUUUUUUUUCUACCAACCAAACCCAAAUGGGUCGAAGUUCGAGCCUCACCACCGUCGUGGCGGCUAUUCUUCUGGUGACAUUGGUCGGUUCGGCCUACGCAAGCAACUUCUUCGACGAGUUUGACCUCACUUGGGGUGACCACAGAGGCAAAAUCUUCAACGGAGGGACGAUGUUGUCUUUGUCAUUGGACCGAGUUUCCGGGUCGGGUUUCAAAUCCAAGAAAGAGUAUUUGUUUGGUCGGAUCGAUAUGCAGCUCAAACUCGUCGCCGGAAACUCCGCCGGCACUGUUACGGCUUACUACUUGUCAUCACAAGGAGCAACACAUGAUGAGAUAGACUUCGAGUUUCUAGGGAACGAAACAGGGAAGCCUUAUGUUCUUCACACCAAUGUCUUUGCUCAAGGGAAAGGAGACAGAGAGCAACAGUUUUAUCUCUGGUUCGAUCCCACCAAGAACUUCCACACUUACUCCAUUGUCUGGAGACCCCAACACAUCAUAUUCUUGGUGGACAAUUUACCCAUUAGAGUCUUCAACAAUGCAGAGCGGCUCGGUGUUCCUUUCCCAAAGAGCCAACCCAUGAGGAUCUACUCGAGCCUAUGGAAUGCAGACGAUUGGGCCACGAGAGGCGGUCUAGUCAAGACUGACUGGUCCAAGGCUCCUUUCACAGCUUACUACAGAGGAUUCAAUGCUGCGGCUUGCACCGUCUCUUCAGGAUGUGACCCUAAAUUCAAGAGUUCAUUCGGUGAUGGUAAAUUGCAAGUGGCAAACGAGCUCAAUGCCUAUGGCAGGAGGAGACUCAGAUGGGUUCAGAAAUAUUUCAUGAUCUAUAAUUAUUGCUCUGAUCUCAAAAGGUUCCCUCGUGGAUUCCCUCCAGAAUGCAAGAGGUCCAGAGUCUGAUGCAAACAUAUUAUCUCAUAUUUCUCUGCUUGUUUGAUGCAAUUCUUAAAUUCCUCUGUUAUUCCAUUGUACAUUGUCAAGGUCAAUAAAGCAUCCCUGCUUUA